AUGUCUCACAGGGCAAGGAAGCGCUAUGCGCGCGCCAACCACCCCAAAGAAGUUUGCAACAUCCGCUAUGAAAGAUACGCUAAGCUACCGAGAUUUGGGUGGGAGCCCAUAACCUUCUCCGAGGGAGAAGAACAUGGAGUGCAUCUCCCCCACGACGAUCCAUUCUUGAUCGACACCAUACUUGACAAAUGGUCAGUGGGGAGGGUCUUCGUUGAUAGCGGAUCCGCUGUCAAUGGUUGCUAUAACCAACUCCAGCGAAACAGAAAGCUACUAGAGGACCACGAACCCCUGCUUAGUUUCUCUGGUGACGUCACGCAACCACUGAGUUCUGACUACAUGCGCCUGUCCAUCGGAGCCAGCCCAUGCACAGCGGAGUUCCCUACACCCAACGGCACGCGCUGUGUGAAAGGAAGCCAACAACUAGCACGAGAAUGCUACUCAACAACGGUGACGCGGUCGAUGCGACGUCAUGAAAUCCUAACUGUAGGAAAUCACCUGCCGCUGACGAAUAAGAUUGACGACCCCAGAGACGACGAGAAGAAGUACGUAAAAAAGGAACCUGUCAACCCAGAAACAUCUCUACAGGUCAUCAGCGUCUCUGACAAGCACCCUGAGAGGACGGUCCGCAUCGGCGCGCAACUAUCCCCCGAGAUAGCGACAGAAUUCACACAAUUUCUGCAAGAUAACGUCGUCAUGUUUGUGUGGUCCUACGCUAAUAUGCCAGGCAUCUCCCCUAACAUCAUUACGCACAAGUUAAGCAUCAAAUCAUCCUUCUAUCCAAUCAAACAGAAGAGAAGGACCUUCGACGAAGAAAGAUAUCAUCCCAGCAGAAAAUGGCAAAUGUGUGUAGACUUCAAAGGUCUCAACAAGGCAUGCCCCAAAGAUAGUUUCCCGCUACCGCGCAUUGACCAGUUGGUCGACACAACAGCGGGACAUGACCUGCUGAGCAUGAUGGACGACUUCUCCAGAUACAACCAAAUCAAGAUGAAACCUAGUGACCAAAAGUGCACCACCUUCACAACCGACAAAGGCCUAUACUGCUACAAUGACAUGCCUUUAGGGUUGAAGAACGCCGGAGCAACAUACCAACGGUUGAUGAACGCCAUGUUCGCAGAGCACCUCAGCAAACUAAUAGAGAACCCUGAACACUCUGGCCGCCUCAACAAAUGGGCAAUUGAGCUCAGCGAGUUCAACAUCGAGUACAAACCAUGUACCGCUAUAAAAGGCCAGGCGGUAGCGGACUUCAACGCUGAGCUCACUAAGCGUCAAGAUGAACCAACCAUAGGGGCAGAAGAAAGCAACACAACCAUGACAACCACCGAGGAACCGACAUCCAAGCAACAAUCAUAA